GCGAAAAAUCAAGAUUCUAAAAAACAAAGUAUGACGUCGUUUGAAAGAAAUUUAAGAAAGCAACAACCCCAGUCCCCAGAUAAUUUCUUCAAAUUCCCUCAAGCCUCCUCAUUCUUACACGUAUCAGGUGAGCAUACAAUCCAAAACCUCAUUUUCUGAAUCUUCGUUUUGAAGCUCUAAAACCCAUCUUCCCGAACCAAUUUCAUCUGGGGAAAUCAAAUAAAGCAGGACAGAAAAAAUGGUUGAUGUCAUAGGGAAGAUUAGUAGAAGUUUUAAGUUUUCAGCCUGCAAUAAUGAUAACGCAUGUGAUAGAUUCAAGAAAAUUUCGUCGGUGAUGAUUCAGAUGCCAGCCUUUUCAAACCUGAGAGCAUCUUCCACCAUCCGAUCAUCAGCCGGCACUAAAACUAUUGACCGGAGAACGGUUGUCGGAGGUCAACAAAGAGGUAUUAGCAUCGGGAAAGCUUUAAAAUGGUGGGAGAAAGGGCUUAAACCGAACAUGAAGGAGGUGACCGGAGCAGAGGAUCUCGUCAACACUCUUCUAAAUGCAGGUGAUAAGCUGGUCAUCGUUGAUUUCUUCUCGCCUGGUUGUGGAGGUUGUAGAGCUCUUCACCCCAAGAUAUGUCAAUUGGCGGAGAUGAAUCCCGACGUACAGUUUUUACAGGUGAACUACGAGGAGCAUAAGUCCAUGUGUUAUAGCCUCAACGUUCAUGUUCUUCCAUUCUUUCGUUUUUAUAGAGGGGCCGAAGGUCGUGUUUGCGGCUUUAGUUGCACCAAUGCCACGAUCAAGAAAUUUAAAGAUGCUUUAGCAAAGCACACGACUGAUCGUUGUAGCUUGGGCCCUGCAAAAGGGUUAGAGGAGAAAGAACUGUUGGCACUUGGUUCUAAUAGGGACCUAUCUUUCACUUAUGGUCCAAAAUCAAAUCAACCGCAACCAAUAGUAUCACUAUCAGUGUCAGAAUCAAGUCUCCCUCUUCCUCGCUCUCUGAAGCCGGUAUCCGAAGAUGAUAAGGAUAGGAGCCUGGUUUCUAGGGGGCAAUGAGUACGACAUAUGGUAUUGUUGGUUUUGUAAUUAAGAUAGUAAGAAGAGGAAGUGUAUGUGUGGUUGAUAGAGCCGGUCCUGAAAAUUAAAUAUUGUCAAAGGUUUAGGACGAACAAGAAAAAAUUGGUUACGUGCAGCUGCCCCCUUUUACCCCGGCCCUCAACGCCUCAUGGUGGUUGGUGUGCCAUUCUACUUUGUUUUUGUUUUGGAAGAAGAAGGAAGUGAUGUAAAUAGGCAUUUCUUAUUUGUCUCUAAUAUAUGUGGUUUGUGGUGUGUAUAUAUAGAAGGUUAACUUAAUUACCCGACUCAUAAUUAAAAUGUUUUGAUUCCUAUUA